ACCACAAUUCAAAUUACAUUUAUCCUCAAGAUAAAUAUUUAUAAGCUACAUUUCGUUAAACGAUAUGCGUUCAAUGUUGCUGUUGAUUCUGUGCCAGCUGCUGGCGGUUUACUGUGCUGGCAGUUCAGCGCUGAGCUGCUACAAGUGCGAGGAUUGCGAUGAGCAUUCCCAUUUGUCGGAGCUGGAAGUAUGCAGUGUACCGUCCACGGAGUCGCAGCAACAGCCGGCUGGAACUGGCCUGCCAGCUGCAUCGAGUCCGAGUCCAAGCCCAAGUCCAGCGCCUGCAUCCAGCCCAGCAGCUCCAGCAGCCAAUCCGCCCAAACCGGCUGCAGCUGCUAAUGCGCCCGCUCCAGCUUCCGCGUCCGCCCCAACACAAACUCAGUUUCCUCCCAAGCCCGGUUCCGAAAGUGAGACUGAAGAGGAUUAUGAGAGCGAUGAGGAAGAAUCUGCAGCACCAUCCACUUUGGGCAUAAUGCCCGCUGGCAGCAAUAGGCCUGCAGCAGGUGCAGCAGGUGCAACAGGUGCAGCAGGCGGAGCUGCUGGCGUAGGAUUAGGCGCGAAUGGGGCCUCGGGGUCAGCUGCUGCUCCAGCACCAGCAGCAGCAGCUGGAGCCGCUGCUGCCGUGCCAGCCGCCGCCACCGGAGCCGGAGCCGGAGCCGCUGUUGGCGACAGCGAAACAGCCGAGGAUGAAGAGGAAGAAGAGGACUAUGAUGAGCGACGCAGGCGCAGCGUCGGUCGCCAGAGCCUGGACACGCAGCGGGCCGUUUGUUAUAUUGCUAGUCUAAGACUUAACGGCACGGAAAUAACAAAUCGUGGCUGCAUGAUUGUCACGGAUAAUAAUCAGACGGACGCCUGCAAUACCCUGUUUAAUGGCUGGAAUGUGGUUGGCUGCAACCUAUGCGAAUGGAAUGGCUGCAAUAUACCCAUAUGGAGCAGCGGCUCCGGCAGCUGCCGUUUAUCAGGCCGCACGGCGCUGGCUAUGACGCUGCUGGCCGUGUUGUCUUCGGCAUGGAUCUGUAAUUGA